AUUGAAAAACCCAUUUAUUAAGUUGAAUUUCUAAAUCUGAAAAUAAAUUUGUUAGUUCUAAUUGGAGAUUUAAAAUUGGAGCUAUUUAUGAUUAGACAUAAGUAAUAAAAAUCAUCAAUAUAAUCAUAUUUAUAAUAUCUAAUUCCCCAUAUAUAUAUCACUAUUUUUAUUUAUUUUUGGUUAAAUUUUGUAGUAAGAAACAAAGAUUAUAAUCCAUAUAAUUUAUAAAAAAUCCUUUUAUUACUUACACUCCCUCUAAUAUUGUUGCAAGAUUAGCAUUAAUAAUGAUUUAUAUUUCUGUAUUAUAAAGGCCAAAAAGAAACAUUAUAUAUCACAGCUUUCAUAUAAAGCACCUAAUCUUUACACUACUUAUUUCCAGAAUUAUAUCCCCGAGGUUAUUAUCGGGAUUAUUUUUAUAUAUUUAGAUUUCAUCAAAAAGACUAAAAUAUUACAUAUAGUGGAUUAUUUGACAUCCUUUUUCAAUGUAUUGCUAGCAGUGGUUAUAUUUUAUAAGAAUUUAGGUUAUUGAAAGGCAUUUUUCACAUUUAAAUGUCUUAUUGUUGAAAAUUUCACCUAAAAAACAGGGGUCUUCAAAGCUAUAUAGUAAAAUAGGUUCUUUGAAAAAAAGAAUAACAGAUUUUGAGAGAUAAAUGCUGAGUUAUUCGAUUCCUUUUUUUUGGAGAAUUAGUGCUGAUUUCGUUUAUUUAAAAUCAUAUUCUUAGGGAGAAAUUAUAGUUUUUUAAUAUAAUAAUUUUAUUUGUAAUUAUUCUUUCUCUCUAGAAGGCAAUUGAGAAUUAAAAGAAGGUUAUUAUUGUUUCUUUAUUAAUAUUAUUCUAGUUUCAAAUUUUUAUAGUUUAUGUGUUUUAAGAUUAAAUUUU